AUGGAUCCGGACAAACCGCUUCCCUCAGCACCGCCUCCAACAUAUUCAGAGAGUGUUGGAAACAAUAUGGUGCACCCAUUGGUUGCACACGAGCUUCAAGAUAAUGUCAUUGUUUUGGUGAGGAAAUGUUGACGGCAAGACAAAAAAUUGAUUGAUUUUUUCAGCAACAACCAAUUCAAACUACAACUGUGAUUAUUGUCCAGGAAAAAUAUGCACGAAGUUUUGAGAGCUAUCAAGAAGAGUGUCCAAGAUGUCAGGUAACACAUUUUCAGAAAAAAAUAUAUCACAAAUAAUAGUGAAAAAUUAACUUUCUCAAAUUUCAAAAGUUCCUUUUUAAAAAAAAAAAAUACCAAUAUUCCUACAAAAAAGCACUCGGUUAAAGAUCAAGAAAUCUGAAUAUCCCUCUCAAAAUCUAAACCCUCAAUGUUUUUCUGUUCAGACGAUGGUUCAAACUCGUGUCGACUAUCAAAUGGGUUUCUGCUCAUGGCUCAUGUUUUUCCUCGGAAUCUUCUUGUUUUGUCCACUUUUGUGCUGUUUCUGUUGUCAAUGUUGUAAAGAUGCCAAACAUUAUUGUCCUAAAUGUAACAUGUUGAUUGCCACCAAAAAACGCUGA